GUAAAUCAUUGGAAUCUUCACUGACAGUGAGGCUGAUAUUAACCAUCUGGUGCGCUCAGCAUUGCCCAUUCAGUUGAGCUGGCCUAGUGCCUUAUGGUGCCAUGUCAUGGAAGGGCCAUGCCUAGCAAGUUAGCAAAGAUCAUCUUGCUGAAGCCUGAUAGUUUGCUACUUGUUGGGGGCUUAUUUGUGCUUUCACGCUGCAGGAGCAGCUGAUGACAGUCACCUCCAGCUCAGUGCAUUUGGGCAAGGCAAAGUAUCUGCUGGCGUCGAUCUGUACAAAGCACAGAAGGGCAUACUACUCAUGUCUUCAUGCAAUCAAGCAGCCACUCGCCCUUGCAAGGUCCCGUCCGGAGGAAUAUAACCUCACCAGCAUUCUGCAUAGACGAGGGCUCUCCAGUCAGUCCUGUAAGAACUUUGCCACUUCUUUGAUAGUCCUAGGGGCGGCCAAAGGUAGAACAUCAUCACGCGUCCAUGGGAAUCUAGAUCAUCUUGCCACCUUCUGGAAACCUCCUCGUUUCAGGAUGGAAGCUGCAGACAAGAAGCAUGUGAGGGCAAAGCAGUGGUCGCCAGAGGGGACAGAAGAGCUCAAGCAGCGCCUGCGAGCUUACGAGGCCCAGCAGCUGUCCUCACUGGUGCAGAAGACGCCCAACCCAGACUCUGCCGGGCUUGAAGAAGAGAAGAAACCGUCCAAGAAGGCUUCCGUGCUUGUGUUGCUGUUUCAGGGGCCGCAGAAUGAGUUGCGGGUUCUCCUCACGGAAAGGUCAAAGGGUCUUUCUUCACAUGGUGGUGAAGUUGCCCUUCCUGGGGGCAAGCAAGACGAGAGCGAUGCUGAUGAAGUGGCCGCCGCUUUGCGAGAAGCCAAGGAGGAGGUUGGCCUGGAUCCAACGAAUGUGGAGGUCCUCACAACCUUCGAGCCCUUCCUCAGUAAGCACCUUUUGCUCGUCACGCCUGUCAUUGGGUCCCCCAUAGAUCCUGAAAGCUUCAAGCGUACACCCAACUCAGGAGAAGUCGAAACCAUCUUCGAUGCUCCCCUCGAAAUGUUUCUUGAGGAAGAAGGGCAUCGGCAUAAGGAUAUCGAGAUGGUAAAUUUCCCGUUCCGACUGCAUUACUUUGACUACACAGACGGCACGCGACAAUAUAACAUCUGGGGCUUAACGGCAUCCAUAUUGAUCAGGAUAGCUAGCACAGUUUUCAAUAGGGAGCCAGCGUUUGAGGAGUUUCAUCCCACGUUACCAAGCUACAGAGAAAUUCUCGUUGAAAUGUUGAAAAGAAACCUCUUCGUCCUGUGAUCUUGUCAACGUUUUGUUUAGUUAGCUCACUGCUCGUAGCCUAACUUAGUUCUGAAGGCUGCACAACCCUUAGAUGUCGAACCGAAAUCUGUGAAAGACGUCCUCGUCACUGUCUCAAAGUAACCGCAAUUGUCUACAACCUAGCUGCAUGGUAGCUGAGGCUGCCCGCUUAUUGAAGUUGACGGCCUCAGUGCGUUUCGAGUUCGAUU